UUUCCUCUCGGUGAUAAAAUUACGGGCAAGACUCCCAAGAAUUACGACCGUAAUUCCCAAAUUACUGGCGGUAAUUGUGAAAUUACGAGCGUAUUUUCUCCUCCUUCAGCUUAAUUGAAACGUGCGUUUUGGGGCGAAUUACGGGCAGGACGUGAUUACGGCCGUAAUUCAGCCCGUAAUUCGCCCAGAGUCGGGUUUUUGAGGCCAGAAUCGAGCCAAGGAAGGGGAGAUCGAAUUUCUUGAGCAAAAACAGAGUUUUAGAGAGAGAAAGUGCGAAGAACUCACCCUAGAAGCCAUCUUGGAGCUGGGUCUCAUCAAAUCAAGCUUGGAGAUCGUCCUAGGAGUGGAAAUCAUCAUCCCGGAGCAGAUUAUCCUCAUCAUUAUGAGUAUGACUACUCCGAUUACUGUUUUCUUUUCUCUCUCUAUGGAGUAGAACCCUUCUCUCACUUGGGUAUGAAGAACCCUAGUUCCUUGUGUUAGGGGAUUGAUUGUAAUGACUUGGGAUGAUAUUACUGUUUGAUUUUAAUCGAAUGAUACAUGUUUAUUGAGUCAAUUGAAGUCUGAUCAACUUUUCCUGAUUCCUGCUGCAAUCUGAGAUAGAUAGAAUCUGAUUAGGUUGCUAGAGUCUCAUCAUUCGAUAGUAGGAGACUGGUUAUACGAGAGUUAGCCAGUUUACUGCUUUGUACUGGAAUCUAAUUCCAGUAGUGAAUUUCUGUUCUUACUGCUUCAGCUUUCUAUCCCGGUGAAGACUAGUCGUCUGCCGGGUAGUUAGACUGAGAGGGCUUGGUCAGCUUAAGAGAUUCCAAGCUACUGCCGGAUCUUCCGCAGUCUAAUCAACAGUAAAUCAACCCAGGGUAAAUUGCAAUUGAAACCUAACUAAGGAGCUAGGGGGAUUCAUUCCCGAGUGACUCUUUCCUGCUUAAGAAAACCGAAUAAUUUCCUGCUUUAUUUCUGCUUUUAGUUUAAACAACAAUCACUUACUCUAGUUGGCUAGAUAACAGAGAAUCACUGAGUAAGCAGUAGAUCUAGAGCCCGGGUUGAUAAUAUAACUUGCCUGUUACUGCAUUCCCGGUCUGCGAUUACACUUGGUCGCAGAUUGGUGUUGUGUUUUGGCGUGUCAAGUUUUUGGCGCCGUUGCCGGGGAUCCUCUAGGUUAUUGGGGAAACGUGAGAAUUUGUUACUCUAGCUUUUUAUUUUCUGCUUUUUAUUUCUUCCACCUGUGUGCCUUCACGGGUUGUUUCUGCUGAUUGUGUGCAGGUAGUGCAUGACCCGUAGCCAGUCGGGAGAUCUACUACCACUAGGCCAGGAGCUUGAACGAACCUGCCGAAACUUCAAGCGGGCUCUAAAGGCGCGACUGGCUGCGGAGGAGGCGCUAUCACAGCUGCAGUUAGAGGAGGAAGAAGAAGAGAUGGCUGAACCAGGGAACCAUGCUGUGAUCCCCGAGGAGCAGACCAUGGGCUCCUACUGGACCGCUAGGGCUGCGGACAUGAGGUCACCCAUUCAGCACCCUCAGGUCCCAGCCAACAACUUUGAGGUGAGCACCUCCGUGAUCACCAUGCUGCGCGGUUCAGUAGUGUUCCGUGGUAAGGAGGGAGAGUGCCCUCGAUCACAUCUCAGGCGAUUCCACGAGCUCAUCGAUGGAAUCAAGAUCAAUGGGGUACCAGCAGAUGCCAUCCAGCUGAGGUACUUCCCAUUCACUCUGGAGGGGCAGGCCAAGGAGUGGCUAGACACUCGAUCUCCGGGCUCCAUCACCACGUUCGCCAACCUGGCGGACAAGUUCCUCACCCGCUACCAUCCUCCAUCCAAGACAGCUGACCUGCAGAAGCAAAUUACACAUUUUGCUCAGGAUGAGGAUGAGACCAUCAGGGAUGCAUGGGAGAGGUACAACAGUCUUUUCCUCAGGUGUCCCAAUCAUGGUUUCAACGAUGCGUUCAAGGUGGGCACCUUUUAUCACGCCCUCUUCCCGGAGGACAAGCAGCUGAUCCAUUCGGUUUGUGGCGGGAACAUGCUGACCAAAACCCCGCCACAGCUGAAUCAACUCUUUGAAGAGAUGGCGGAGAAUGGUUAUGAUUGGGGCACUGCCAGGAGAUCGAGGAGAGCACCAGGCCGGGGUGUGCAUGCUAUGGGCACCCAGUCAUCUGAUUUGGUGCAGGUAGUAUCGAAGCUGGUCUCAGCUAUCGAUCGUUCCGGGAUGAUUCCAGGGACCGGACAGCAGCAGGCGAUGCUCUGCCAGUGGUGCGAGAGCACCCAUCAUAUGGUGGAAGACUGCCAGGCGAUGAAGGAAUCGACCACGCCCCAGGAGCAGGUGAACUUCAUCAACAAUGUCAGGCGCAAUGACCCCUACAGCAACACGUACAAUGAGGGGUGGCGCCAGCAUCCUAACUUCUCCUGGACUGGGCCAAAUCCCAAACCACCAGCUCCACAGGGACCACCGGGCUUCCAGAGGCCACCAUAUCAGCCCAGACAGGGGCAAUUCCAGCAGCCAGGUGCAGCCCCUGCUGCCCCAGUGCAGAAUGAUCAGAUGGCUGAACUGCGGGACUUGGUGGGUUCUCUUGCCAGUGUUAGUGCUCAGAAAUUCAACACCUUUGAGCAAUUCAUGGAGAAGGCCUCGGGUCAACUCCUGGCUCUGGAAGCUGGUCAGAGGAAUACACGGGCUGUUUUGCAGGAUAUCCAGACCCAGCUGGGGAGCGUGGCCCAGGCAGUGGCUCAAAGGGCUCCUGGUACUCUACCAGGGCAGACCAUCCCUCACCCGCCGACCCCGAAUGAGCGUUGCAAUGCCAUCAUGACCAGGAGUGGCAAGAUGACUGUUGAUCCCCCUGCUCGGGAACCGGAGAAAGAAAGCCCUGUCUUAGCGGCUCCAGCGGUUGAACAGGAAGUAGAGAAGGAAGUUGAGGUGCCUGCACCUAAACCACAACCAGUAGUGAAGGAGUAUGUCCCUAAACUCCCUUUCCCUACUCGGUUGCACAAAGACAGGCUGGAGGCAGAGUUCGAGAACUUCAUGGCCAUGCUUAAGAAGCUGAAUGUCCAAGUGCCCUUCCUGGAGGCACUAUCGCAAAUGCCAAAGUAUGCGAAGUUUCUGAAAGAGCUUCUCUCAAAGAAGCAGAAGCUGAGUGAGCUGGCCACGGUAGAGCUCAGCGAGGAAUGCUCGGCUAUUCUGCAAAACAAGCUUCCGCAGAAGAAGAAGGACCCAGGUAGUUUUACUAUCCCGUGCUCUAUUGAUAAAUUGCAUGUAGAGAAGUCCUUGGCGGAUUUAGGUGCUAGUAUCAAUGUUAUUCCAUAUAAAUUGUUCAUGAAACUAGGCCUAGGUGAACCCCGUGCUACUAGGAUGACCCUUCAAUUAGCUGACAGAUCUGUAGUGCAUCCUAGGGGUAUAGUGGAAGACCUUCUGGUUAAGGUUGGCAAAUUCACAUAUCCCGUGGAUUUUGUUAUCUUGGACAUCAGUGAGGACACAGAAGUGCCUCUUAUACUGGGAAGGCCUUUCCUGGCCACCGCCAAGGCUCUCAUAGAUGUGCAUGAUGGGACCUUAGUUUUGAGGGAUGGCGAGGAGCGAAUAACGUUUUCUGUUGCUGAUACUAUACCUGCUUCGUCACCUCUGCAUGCUGUAUCUCACCAGGAGCACGAGUCUGUCGUGUAUCCUUCUUUGCUGCCCAUUUUGCAGGAACCGCCUCCCACACCUUCGCCGCCACUCCGGACCACUCCGUCACCCAAAGAACAGAUCAAGGAGGAGUGGCGGCCGAAACUGCAGGCAGCUAAGCCUGCUCGAAAGAAAGCCGGAGACCACUAUGACCUGGUCCCGCCCCCUCCUUGGCCAUCCGAGUAUUCACUCGCUUGCAUCCUACCGGAUGGCCAAGUCGAGCUGGCGAAUGCAGGUGGCCACAUUCGUCGCGUGCAUGGCCACCAUUUGAAGCUGUACCUCAAGAGCGAUGUGGAUCCGCUCUUGAAGGCACCUGAUCCUACACUUCCCUGAGCAUCCAUACUGGCGUCCAGCUAAAAGACGGUAAAGAAGCGCUUGUGGGGAGGCAACCCCACCUCGGUUUGCAUUUCUAUCCUUUUUUCCUUUUAAUUUUUGUCGUUUUCGAGUCAUUGAGUCUGUUUGGAGUCUUACUGGAAUGUUUCUCGUGCCCCGGAUGGUCCAUUUUGGUCUAUGUUGGUGUAUUUUUUUGAACCGGGGCACGAUUGGGUUUGGUUGUUCGAAAUUGCAGCUCAAAAACUGGAGAAAAAGGGCCCUCGGCAGUAAAAUUACGGGCAAGGG